CAUCCUGUCUCUCCUCUUCAAAUACAAGAAGACUGAACUAAAUUCCAGGGGUAUUUUUUUUUUUCAUGCUGGAUGUGAGAGGAGAAGUAGAAACUUGCACUGGCAUUGUCAGGAGCUGGGUACUCUUUCCAGGCAGUGUCUUUUUCCACCUACUGAAUAUCCCUGAAGAGAGGAAAAAUGUGGGAGGGAUAUAGUGAGACUCCGUAAGGUACAAACAGUAACUUAGGUGUCAACAGUUGCUGCAGAAGGCUGUAUUCUGGGAGCAGGCUCAGCGUGGAUUGCUACAGACUCUUUCAGCAUGAUUAACAUGCAGUCUUGAUCCUGCAUUACUAGUGGUCAUACCGUCUUAUUUGAAUUUUUGGGUGUACAUAAAAGACAACUCCUAGAGGAAAACUCAGGCAAGGAACAUCAAGAAAAGAAGCACUUGGUUUUAUUAAUAUUCCAGCCUGAAUAGAUUUUGCUCUGAAGAUCUGUCACUAUGACCUCUGGAUUUCAGUACAGUCUACUUUUUCUCCUUUGUUUUACAGCCUUUCCGGAGUCGCAGGCAGCGCAGAACUGCCUCAACAAGCAGCAACUCUUAGCUGCCAUUCGACAGAUGCAACAGUUCUUAAAAGGACAAGAAACAAGGUUUGCAGAAGGAAUCCGAAUCAUGAAGAGCCGACUAAAUAACUUACAAAAUACUGUUAUGAAAGCUAGCCCAGAUGCACCACCACCACCACCAGUUACUUGCCCAGCACUGGAAGAUCCUGAAAAUGGAAAAAAGUUUGGGUCUAAAUAUCUCGUAGAUCAUGAAGUCCAUUACACAUGUGACUCUGGAUACCAGCUUAUUGGACCCAGCAGCAGGCUCUGUCAACAGAAUGGAAGUUGGACUGAUGAUACUCCUUACUGCAAAGAUAUUGGACAAUGCAGUAGCCAACCUUGUCUGAAUGGGGGAACAUGCACAGAAGAGGGCAGCAACUACAAAUGCAAUUGUCCUCCUGAGUGGAAAGGAACCAACUGCCAGUUUAAAGCACCAACAGCACCACCCGAGUUGCCAGUCAAUGAUGCUGCUUUAAGCCGUAAAGCAGUGUGCACCAGAGUGGACCGUACUCAACACUGUAGCUGUGAUCCUGGCUUCCAGAUGAAAGGCACUCCUGAAAACAGCAUAUGUCAAGAUGUUAAUGAGUGUGAGGUAUACAAGACAGAAGGAGCACCUCGCCUCUGUGUCUAUACCUGUAUCAACAUACCAGGCUCCUACCGCUGUGCUUGUCCAUCUGGUUACAAAUCACUAGGUGAUGGAAAAAACUGUGAAGAUAUAGAUGAAUGUAAUUCUGGACUUCACAACUGCUCCAAACUUAGCAUGUGCAUAAACACUGCAGGAGGAUUUCAGUGCGUCUUUCCUGAAUGUCCAAAACCCAACGGAAACAUCAGCUAUGUAAAAACGUCACCUAUACAAUGUGAGCGGAACCCCUGCCCAAUGGACAAUCGAGCAUGUCAUCAUGCAGCAAAGACUAUCUCCUUCCACUACCUUUCUUUGCCUUCACAUCUUCCCACACCUGUUACGCUUUUCCGUAUGGCAACAGCAUCAGCACCUGGACGACCAGGCCCAGACAGCCUGAGAUUUGGAAUAGUCGGAGGGAACAGCAGAGGAAACUUUGUGAUGCAAAGAUCAGAUCGACAGACAGGAGAGCUUAUACUCGUUCAAAGCUUGCAAGGACCUCAAACCAUAGAGGUGGAUGUGGAUAUGUCAGAGUACUUAGACCGAAUGUUCCAAGCCAAGCAUGUUUCAAGGAUCACCAUGUUUGUUUCGCCUUACAACUUCUAAGUUUUACAAUGACUGGGACCUAAAGAGAAGGAUACUGUGAACAUUUAGAUGAAGAGCAGUUUUAGAUGGAUAGCGACUGGACAGCAAAAAAGUUUGCAGAAUGUUGAAAGAAAAAAAAAGUGGAUUGCAAACUUUCACUGAGUAACACCAAAAACUAUUUUAUAUACCAUGUCAUCUUUGAAACCAUAGGAUUUCUCUUUUAUAAAUAUGCGGUACAGCACAUAAUGUAUGCCACAGCAUUGUACAAUAUGUCCUUGUUGACAGCUAAACUAACGAUGCAAUUAGAUUUAGUGCCUCAGUGACGUCACUUGUCCGCAAUGAAUAGACAGGCUGCAUUGUCAUAAUAUGAUGUAGAAUACAGAAUUGCAGCUUCUGCUCUAAGCAGGUGACAGGUGUAGUGGUAUUUCAAAACUAAGACAUACAAAGGACUCUAUAUUCAGGGGGGAAACCUUGUGUAAUUUUGUGAAAUAAAUAAAUAUCCCUCCUUUCCCA